AUGGCCAGGCGUACACAAUCCCGAUACAUCUUCGAGACCGCGGAGAGCAUGCGAAUUUUCCGCCAUCAGCGAUUUGUAAAUGGUUCCCGGAGAGCGGAUUGUCCCACCUGCGAGAGUCGCACACCUGUGAGUGAGCCGUACAGUCAUCACUGGCAUAACGAUAUCGCAAAUAACCGAAGUCACCAUAUUAAAAUCGGUACGGAGGAGCGAAAGAUCCUGAAAACAAUCGAGGAUCAGGACAUCGAAGUGUUUAUGCUGUGCGAUGGAAGCAUCACAGCAAGGACGAAUGACUUUCUGCUGGACGCAGGCAUGGAUGCAGUGCCUCAAUUAUUACGAUUCCUUAUUUUUGGUACAGAAAAACUGGAGGUCAGUGUUGGAUUCUACGUGGACGUAAAGACGGAGCGAAUGUUCUUCGAGAGCAGUCCCUUGAAUAUUGAACAUCAUUUGGAUAUUGGCGAAGCGGUGGACAUGAUAUUCUCUAUGCUGCUGGAGAAGAUUAGCAACUAUGUGCUGCUCCAUCAAAGGGUUCCCUUGGAGGCAUGUGUGAUUAAAAGGAUGAAGGUGACUGCCAAGCGGCACUGCUAUCCACCGAAUGCCACUUGUGUCUCCAAGCUUCCCCUACAAUAUCGGGUGAAGAACGCAGCCGGUUGCCUUGAACGUGGCGUUAAAGAAUCAUCCACUGACUUGGCAUUGGUUGCUGAGAAUUACCUCAAGCAUGGGGACAAAGGACGACCUAUUCCUGUCCUUAAACAUAAUAUCUACUGCUUUCGAGUUUGCACCACCACCAAGGAAUUGUAUACGGUUCCCUAUCUCCUACGUGGAGAGGAUGUGGAAAACACCCCCUUUGUCCUGCAAACGGACGUGGUGGUGUUUCGAGGUCUUCUAGAGAUCAGGAAUAUAAGGAAGUUCCUGCGAACGGAUAUCCAGGAUCGGGUCUUCGAGUGUCGUCAGUGUCAGUCGCACUUCGUGGAUCGAGUACUUGCUCUCCACAAGCAGAUAGACUGUGGCCGCAAUUUUAUGGUGUGGAAUAUGGACAAGGACGCCAUCGAGCUACAUGAGAACUGUAUACCCUUGCCGAAGGAAUACUUCAAAUACGAAUGGAUUGGCCUGGCCAGCAAGCGAAAUAGUCAUAAUAUCCAGUAUUUUAUUUGA